CCUACCUUAAUCUACAGGGCCAGCUUCGCUCUCUUCAUCUAGCCAGUCCACCAUGCCGUCCCUCCAUUCGAUCCCACCGCCUACUCCAUCAUGAACGGUCAGAGAGUCGACACCACUCCUGCCGGACAAUACUGGGUUGUAGGGGAAUCUGCGGGGUGGAAGGUUUAUAACACGGCGGGAGCAGACAAGAUCGAUAUCUACAAGCUCUUGAUUUCAGGCAUCGUAUCACGUCCCAUCGCAUUCGUGUCCAUGAUCAGUGAGGAGGACAUAGAGAAGCUGGAUUCCUGGAACCAUUCAGUUAGUUUAACACACCUUUUCCCAUAGGUCAUGAGCUAUCCGCCUAUCAUUUCAUUCAGAUGCAACCACAGCGCUCCGGGCUGCCUCACAAGACACAAUCGCGAACUUGAAGAACAGCCAAAGAUUCACUGAGCAUCAUUAGCGAGCCAUUCAUCGAGAAUGCAAAUGCAACUAUCAUAAACGCUCCUCCCGGCUUCGACGAGUGGACUAUCAGCGGAAAAAUGUGCAAAUAAAGGCCUCCUGCGUCAAGGAAAACGCUUUUGGCAUGGAGUCCAAGGUAAUUUCAUAUACUACCAAGUCCACUCGCUCGCUUCCCAACAGCUCUACAAAUCCAUAGAUAUCACCCACCCAGUCACAGGCGAGCACAAGAGCACGAGUGUCAAGUGCAUCCACUUGCGCAAAGACGUGCUCGCAAGCACAGUAGCACUUACUGCUACUACCAGGAAAUGAUGAGAAUGUGACAU